GUUUUUGUUUCUUUUCCGAGUUCCCGAUCAUUUCUGGUCGAAAGUGGAUCAAAGAUAAUUCAACUUCAACCAUUUUUAUCUCACAACACUUAAGGUUUAGGAACGGAAAUUACGUGGUUCUUUGACUGAAACUACUGUCUCUGUACGUUUUGGCCCUGUGCUCAGUUUCCCUAAAACGUUCAAUAGUAAUUACCUAUAAAUAAGUCCUUCGUCAAAUAGACGAAUAAAGGCAGUUUGCACAGCUUUUGACCGGUCUUUAUCCAUUGUGAAGAGUUCUCGUCUCCAAUCCAACGAGCAGCCUAGACGGCGGAGUUGCUUUCCUGGAAAAUAAUCAUUACCUUAGUUCAAACUGUGAGAAAUUCGCGGUUAUAGUCAGGUGGAAACAAUAUCGAGGUGGCGAUUUAUUUGAGAAUUUUCUGGUCAAUUUUUUGGGUGACCGUAGUGGCUUAAAACUCACCUUGUUUCAAUAUCAAACUUGCCCUUUUUGCUGCAAAGUCAGGGCAUUCUUAGACUACUAUGGUAUAUCUUAUGAUAUUGUAGAGGUGGAUCCAGUAUUGAGACAGUCUAUAAAGUGGUCUCCAUACAAAAAGGUUCCCAUAUUAGUUGCUCAAACUGAAGAGGGUUAUCAGCCUUUGAAUGACAGUUCCAUGAUAGUAUCAGCCUUGGCGACAUAUCUAACGGAUUCUGACAAGAAUAUACCAGAUGUUGUCAAAUGCUUCCCAACCAUAACUUACUAUGAUGAUGAUGGUGUGAAGAAAAACGAGAUUAUGAAUAAAUAUUUUGUAAUGUCUACUGAUCAGAGGGGAGUUACAGCUCAGGAUGACAGUAAAAGUGAAGAACGUAAAUGGCGGAAAUGGGCAGACAGCGUUCUCGUUCACACUCUCUCCCCAAACGUGUAUAGAACGAGAGAAGAGGCGUUCCAAGCGUUCAAUUGGUUCUCGGAAGUGGGGGAAUGGGACAAAAACUUCCCGUCGUGGGAAAGGAACCUAAUAAUCUACGUGGGAGCGGGAGCGAUGUGGAUGAUAGGCAAACGGCUGAAGAAAAGACACCAACUGAAAGACGAUGUGAGACAAUCGCUGUAUGACGAAUGCAGUGUGUGGACGAGGGCUCUAAGCGCCAAGGGAACGCCCUUUAUGGGCGGUGACUCGCCUAACCUGGCGGACCUGUCGGUUUACGGUGUUUUGAACAGCAUAGAGGGCUGUACUGCGUUCAAGGACCUGUUAGGGAACACAAACAUCGGCAAGUGGUACUUUAACAUGAAGGAGGCUGUAAUGCAACAUCAAGGAGCACAGUUUAUCACUGUUUGAAUAUUUUCCUUUUUGUUAAUUAUAUCUACAGUUACAUCAUAGAUAUUGUUUAUGAGUGCAGUAUGUGAUAAAUAAAUUUUGUAUAUAAUUAGACAGUUUGUAAUUUUGAAUUGAAGUUAAUAAACAGUUUGAUCCAACUCCCAGUUACUCCAUAAUACAGCUUAUGUUCCAGCGUUAAAUCUAGUGAGAAUAAUAAAUCUUG